UAUCCUGCGCUAUAAAUACAAAGAGAGGAAAGCAAGUUGGGUUCUCUUGCCGAAAGAAAUCUAGGGUUGGAUACUGCUAGCCUCGUCUUCUUCAGGUAAAAUGCCUCGACAUGAUGACCGCCAUGGUGGUUCACGGCUCUAUGUUGGUCGCUUGUCAUCACGGACAAGAUCACGCGAACUUGAAGACGUAUUUAGCAGAUAUGGAAGAGUACGUGAUGUGGAUAUGAAGCGCGACUUUGCCUUUGUUGAAUUUAGUGACCCUCGGGAUGCUGAUGAUGCAAGGUAUAGCCUGAACGGUCGGGAUGUUGAUGGGAGCCGUCUAAUUGUGGAAUUUGCAAGGGGGGCACCACGGGGUCCUGGCGGAUCUCGUGAGUAUCUUGGGAGAGGGCCUCCUCCUGGAUCAGGACGCUGUUUCAAUUGUGGACUUGAUGGGCACUGGGCUCGAGAUUGCAAAGCUGGGGACUGGAAGAAUAAGUGUUAUCGAUGUGGAGAACGAGGGCACAUUGAAAGAAACUGCCAGAAUAGUCCAAAGAAAACCAAGUGUGUGCUCUCUCUCUCUCUCUCUCUCUCUCUCUCUCUCUCUCUCUCUCUC